AUGAACUCGUCGAGCUUUCAACCGCUAAAUGGCAAACCUAAUGUUUCCAUUACUGGGUCGCAUUUCAUCGAGCCGGGAGCAUCAAAGGUCGUUCGCCUCGUAGUGUUCUCGGUCACCAUAAUCGCUAGUUUGAUUGGCAAUUCAUUGGUUUUAAAAACAGUACUGGAACUUCCCAGAAGAUACAAACCAUUCACGUACUAUCUGGUAGCAAAUUUGGCUGUAGCCGAAAUCAUCAGCUCAAUCUGCCUUCCAUUUACCAUGGUGUACUAUGAGACGUACAGCUGGAACUUUGGACAGUUUACUUGUAGGCUGAUUAUUCCUCUACAAGUCAUGGCUAUUACUGUGGUUACAAGCGACAUGGCGGCCAUUGCUGUUUAUCGCUAUCGGGUAAUGACGUUCCCGGUUAAGAAACAAGUAAAAAUAUCCAUAAUGGUGGCGGUGAUUGGAGGUUUAUGGUUUGCAGCCCUUGCUUUAUCGCUGCCUUUAGCUGCAACACGGAUUUUGGUGGAGUUGCCAUCGGGGCACAAAGUUUGCAAGUCAAACUUCUCAACCAGUGACCAGAAAAUUUAUAACAUCGUGAGAUUUGUCCUCUCUUACUUAAUACCUUACCUGGUUAUGAUAUGCUCCUAUGGAGCGGUGGCAGUUAAACUCAGGCGUCGUCAGCUCCGAAGAAGCGUCGACGAAGCGUCCGAGAUAACUAUGACUACGUCAGCAUCACGAAGCAACUCGUACGCAGACCCAAGAGCGGCGAUCUACGUUCGUCCGAGGGCAGCAAGCAAUUUAAAUUCCAGAUCAGGGCAAACGUCUAACGUGGAGCUUGAACGCGACCUGUUAAGAAUGAUCUACGUUAUCAUCUUGUCAUUUGUACUUUGUUAUAUCCCCUAUCAAGCGUUGCUUUUGUGGGAAUAUUUUGCAGGCGUGGAUGGCCGUUACCUCUUUCCUUAUCAAAGAAUGCUCCGCCGAUAUUUUUAUGCGCUUACGUGUUACCCGAGUGCUCUUCAUCCUUUGUGCUAUGGUACAAUGAACAGAUUCUUCGCACAAGCUUUUUCUAAGAUAGUAAUGUGUAGGCGCUAA